AUGGAUACUACGAUGAAGAAGAGUGGUUUGCGUCAACAUUUCCUCAACUGGUAUAACAAUACCACCUUGAUCAGGUCUGACGCUCAAAUACAGCGUGAAAAGUAUCUAUUUGGAACCUUGGGAAUCGAAAAGGGGCCAGAAUUUAACAGAUGGGCUCUUUUACCAGCUGCUGUAUUGAUCCAAUUGUCGGUUGGUUCGCUAUACGCAUGGUCCAAUUAUAAUUCACCACUCGAUUCUCUAAUGUGGGGUGCCGAUAACUUUAAAGCCAACCCAUCUCUCGCACAAGCACCAAACGUCUUUUACGUCGCAGUCGGAUUCUUUGGUCUAAGUGCUGCUACAUUGGGACCAUGGUUGGAACGUAGAGGGCCAGUACAAGCUCUCCUCCUCGGUGUCACCCUGUUCAUGUUGGGACACAUUGUCGCUGCUAUUGGUGCCUUCACUCAAGUCUAUGCUCUCGUCUUUAUCGGAUAUGGAUGUAUUGCUGGUAUUGGAUUCGGUCUGACUUAUAUCUCCCCUGUCUCGCCAUUGCAAAAGUGGUUCCCUGAUAGACGUGGUCUUGCUUCUGGAUUUGCCGUCGCUGGAUUUGGUGGUGGAACAACUGUUGCCUCUUACUACAUUUCAUACUUGAUUACGACGUACGGUGUUGGUUACUCUUUCUUGAUCACUGGUAUCACAUACGCUGGCAUCAUGUACACCCUCAUCCCCAUCUUCCGAGUCCCCCCACCAGGCUACACCGUCAAGAACAUUGCCGUCGAUGUCGUCAAGGGUGCUGAAGCCGUUGUCGCCAGCCCAGUCAACAGCCCAGUCUCAUCCCCCACCCGUGAAAAAGCCGAGAAAUCUGAAAAAGAUGUCGUCGUCAUUCAAGAAGACACCAACAUUGCCAUCAAGGAUUUAUUCAACCGUCGUGACUUGUUGGAAUUGGUUACAUCUAUGGACUUUAUCUUGAUGUAUCUGAUGCUCAUGGCCAACAGUAUCACUGGUCUGUUGAUCGUGUCGCGUUUGUCGAAUAUGGUUCAGCAGUUGUUUGGAAAGCCUGCUUAUGAAGGAACUACCAUGGUCGCCAUCAACUCGCUAGUCAACAUGGCUGGUCGUAUUAUCUUCUCCUCCAUGUCCGACAUAUUCGGCCGUCGCCCCAUGUUUAUCUUCACUCUUACUGUACAAAUUGCUUCCAUCUAUGGUAUCUUGGCCUCAGCACACCAAGGAGUCUACGGUGGCUUCCUCUUCUGUAUCUUCUGUGCCACAAUGUGCUAUGGUGCCGGAUUCGGUCUCAUCCCUGCCUUCUUGGCCGACAUGUUUGGUGCCAAGAUGACUGGUGCCACUCACGGAUUCAUCCUCACCGCCUGGUCAUUCGACGGUGUCGUCGGUGGUCUCAUCUUCACAGCCAUCUACAACUCGCAAAUCCACAAAAUCCCAGGAACCACGCUCGUCGACCCAGCAUCAUAUGAUGUCGACUUUUACUGGGUAUCUGCUAUCGUUAUUAUGGGAUGGAUUGUCACCGUCUUGUUUGUACGAACUGAUCUUAAGGCUAGAUUCUUGCCAUUACACAAGGGUGAAAUUAUAAGAUCAAGGCUGUUUGGAUCGCUCUUCUUGAUUGGUACUUUUGGUAUUCGAAGGAUGACCAAAGAUGAGGAAGAGAAGGAAUGGAAUGAAUAUCUCAUCAAGGCGCAGACUGGACAAGUUAUUGUCGGCAAGCUGCUCAAUGGUGGUCGCCCACGUGGUGUCACUGCUGGAUCAGCAUAA